UGGGUGUGGAGCCUGGCCAGUAAGAGUGAGUCUGUAUAAAACUGUAACAGAGCGCUGGGAGCAGACAGGCAGCGAGUCCAUCAUCCAGUACGUCUGGCUCCAGACGCCGGCAAGCAGCACAGCCACAGAGGACAAAGAGAAACUCCAGCCCUUAAGCACAGGGGAGAAUGAAUGCAAUCAGGGGAACGCGGUCGUGUAUUCUGGUAUCGAUAGCCCUACUUUUAGUAGAUCAUGUGUUUUGUUCAGAAAUCACCCAAACCACUGUUAUACCUCAAGCUUCUUCAGAAAAUUCAAGUAGCCCAUCUAGCGGGCAAGUCUUCAUACCCCCGAAGGAAGACAGUCCAGCAUCUACCACAGAAACAACAACAGUUCCUUCUAAAUCAGAAAGCAUGGUUAGCAAAACUGAUCCCACAGAUAUGCAUGAAAAAACAACCAGCUCAUCAGUUCCUACAGUGAGAACAGAAGAACAGAACACAGGUUUAUCUAAUAAAGUCACCACUGGAAUGACCACAAUCGUCAUGACCAGCACAUCCACUGAGUCAUCAACAGUUAGCACAAGUGAAACGAUAAUGACAAGUGCAGAAACAAUCAGCCCUGAACAAAGUACACAAGGAGAAGAGGACUUCAUUACGUGCGCAGAAGAUGCCAUGCCCUUGAAGGAUGCUGUGAUGCUGAAGUUAAAGAGUGCUUCAAACUGUAAAGCCAUAAAAAGCCUCCUGGCUGAAGCUACGGAUAUUAAAUCCAGACUUUGUAAAGGUGAAAAAACUGAGGACUGUUCAAUGAGCAUUUAUGUGAAAUCCAAGGACGUGAUCAUCAGCUCCAAUGCUGAAGGAGACGUUAAAGCCAUGACUGCAUUAUUUCAGGAGAGUGAAGUAAAAGAAACGAUGAAGAUUGAGAAUGCAGCACCUCGCUGGGGAAAGAGGCCUCCCAACGUGCUUAUCCCCCUGAUCAUGGCUGGCCUUUUAUUGGCAGUCCUUCUCGUUGCUGGCUACUGCUUCAAGAACCGACGACAGUGGAGUCCUAAAGGCGAGAGGCUGGUUUUCCACCCCGAUGAUCCAGAUCAAAUGGAAGAAGGUCAGGUGAGCACCUUGGCGUCCACUGCCCAGCUGACUCCUCAGGAGAAGCCUGAAGUGAAAAGCAAUUUACCAGAGAGUGACAAGAGCCAGCCCCCUGCUGCAAGCAACGGCCACUCGGCCAAACAGGCCCCGGUGGCAGAUACCGAGUUGUAAAGCUGGGUGGAAGUUAGGGUGGGGCAGAAUGGAAGCACGUGACAUCAGAUAAUAAUCACUGGUCAGCUCUUCCUUGCCACCACUUGCAUGUACCCGAGCCACAAGGAUCGCCUGCGUUAGCCCUCAUUCUUCCAUUUAAUCAUGCCGGAAAGAGGAACAGCUAACUUUGAGAGGACAGACUUUAUUGCUAAGACCCAACUGUCGAACUUCUAAUUGUCCAAUGACCAAAAAACCAACAAUAGUAGUCAAAAUUAUGAAUUUUCUAGAUGGAAAAGAGUAAA